GGGAGCUCCCAUAGCUCUUAAUUAAUUUGCUCUUCUUCUUCUUGUUUCUUUGGUAACAAGCUCUUUGGCCGGAGCCACCACAAACAAUCGCACUUUGCACGUGCAUGCCAGUAUGCAGGUGCAGAAGAUUGUGCUGAAGAUCAUCAUCUUGUGCUGCAAGUGCAAGGCCUGCAUCAUGAAGAUAGUCGCAAAAGUCGAUGGGAUCAUUUCAAUAUCUGUGGACGUCGAGAAGAAUACCGUGACGAUUAUUGGUGCGGUGGAUGCUGUGAUCAUUGUAAAACAGCUGCGGAAGGCCGGGAAGAUGGUGGAGAUUGAGAGUGUCGGGCCACACAAGAAGGAGGAGAAGAAAGAUGACAAGAAGGAUGGCAAGAAGGAUGGGGAUGGCAAGAAGGAUGGCAAGAAGGAUGGGGAUGGCAAGAAGGAUGGCAAGAAGGAUGGGGAUGACAAGAAGGAGUGCAAACCUUUGCCUCCAUGUUGUAACACAUGCAAGCCUGGGGGCAGUCAUGGCAACAUCGUCUGGAUUGACGAGUCGAAUAGGUGCACCAUUCUUUAAAGGCAUUAGCGUGAUCGUUGAUGGGUUUCAUGGCUUUUACCUGCUCCAAUCUCUAUGUAUCAUCCUUAUACUAUUAACACAUGCUGGAGUGCAAUCAGCAACCCAAGCUCAAAUAUUUGCUCUGGAAAUGGCCUCCCCUUAGAAAUCCUUUGUUCAUUUGUUCCUUUCGUUUGACACAACAAAUACUCGUCUACUUCUUUUAAUAAAUGGGUGGCUUUUCGAGCCUCCUUUUUCCUUCAAAA